AUGCAGUUAGACUUGAGGUUGAAGACACAAGUCAGAACAGAGCAUCGUUAAAGGUACACAGUUAUUUUGUUCUCCUUUUAAUUACUUUAUUAAGUCUUCGACUGUAAGCCUGACAUGAACAAAUAUUACGUACUUCUCUUUUAAAACAUGUUUCAGUUCUUUAAUUUUUACAAUUGUACUUUUAGCCCACUGGAAGAAAGUGCUUCGUCCAAAAUUAAUUUUCAUUGCAUGCCUGCCCCCCAAGAUAUUUAAGAAGUUGAACAACAGAGCAGUUAACACCCCACCUGCAAUCCGUUUUAAUCUUCUUCAUUUUUUCUUGUUAAUUUUACACAAAUACUUAACAUUUAACUGUCUUACUUAAGUUUUAUUUUUUACAUUUUUGCUUUUCACUUCGCUUUAAAACGAUAUAUUUUUCACACUUUUGCCCUAUGUGUCUCUUUUUUUAACAUUAUUUGUUCAUUUUUUGGCUUAAGCAUUCUGAUUCGUAUCAAUUUUGUCUUAAUGUUUUGCGUAGUUUUAUUUGACAUAGCAUCCAUUAUAAACGGCUUGUAAACUCGUUUCAUAUCCCUUUAGAAGCUAGCUAUGCGUCGAGUGAGAUUUGACAAAUUUUGUCAUAUCCUUCAAUAACAUUGAAGGAAUAUGAGACGAACAGCUUUUUCUGAGAUGCAGUUCUUUUUCAAAAUAGAAACAUGUCGAAACAGAGCGUUUUCACUCACGCACAGACUGUAUGUAGUCAGCUGCAAUUUAUCGGAACAAAAGAUGAAAUGCGUUACGUAAAGAAAAAGUUCGAAAGUCCCACAGGGUUGGAGCACCCACCAAUAACACGUCGUGUCAAAAACCUCUAUUCUUGGUUUGCAACCAAGUGACAAGGCGGCCAUGGCCGUGGUCAAAUUAAAACAAUUAACUAAACAAUUAUUGGACAAGGUUGAGCGAAAUAUCGCGAUUUGUCAGUGGCGAGCAAAUAACUCAUCUGCGAGACAACAGUGACAAAUCACGAUAUUUUGCGAUAACCGAGUUCAAUAAUUGUUUUAUCAUUCGAUCACCGAAUUUGUUUUUUUUAAUGAAUAUCCUCGGAUGCCAUUUUCACGCAAGAACAAUCACAAGAAGGAGAAAAGCGUGGUUUCUUUUGCGCAUGAGCAGAAUAAUAUUUGCAGCCAAACACAAGCUUAACACAGUUGGACGACAUUGCGCAUGAGCAGACCAUUAUUUGUAGGCAGUUAUUGGCAGGUCAUGUGGUGGGCUCUCGGCCAAAGAAAAGAAAGAAUUUGCUUCGAAUGAUAAAAUAAUUUUCUCUCCAAGAAUUGACAUGAAAGUAGAGUUUAGUUCCCAAAGGAGCGAAGUUCUUUUGUUCUUGACUACUGGGAUCUAGGUCUUUCCCGAACACACAUAGAGUCAAUAGUGGAGUCUUGUAAGAAGACGUAACUUCGUUUUUAACUUUCAUUUCAGUGAUUUGAUAAUAAUGAAGACUGCGUUAAUUUUACUGCUAUUCCUUUUGGAACCUGUUAUCGCACGCCAAGGUAUGCUUUUACACGUCUCUAAAAAUAACUGCGACAAAGUUCAGUAUAUUAUUUUAUCUUUAAACUGUUUUCUGUUUUUUAUUUUGGUCAAAUCAUUAUAUUUAAUUAUAAUUACUCACCAGGUGAAAGCAAAAAAACUACUGAAAGUCAUAAAGUCGUAGAGAAAAAUUAUAAGCACCUCAAGGAUAUUGAGAAGGUGAUUAUUUCAAUAUUAUUCUUAACUUAUUUGAGAAUAUAAUCUUAUUGCAAAAUCAUCGUCAUAUAUACGUGUGGAUAUUUUGAUAAUCCUGCAAAAAGCACAGCGAAAGCGUUGAAGCAGAAUCUCCUAAUCAUAUGUCUUUCUGAAUUUAAAUUUGAAAUGAAAAGACAUCCUUGUAAAAAUGCGAAUCAGUCUAAAUUCUGGAAGUAUUAGAUGGAGUCCUUGGCGUCCAUUUCAGUAAGCUCUGAAACAAAUACUUGCUUAAAAUCCCAAACUUUCCGCAUUGUUAAUUGAGAGAAAAGAAACUUUUUAUGACUGAUUAACUCUUCCCAGGAACAACCAGCUAAAAAGGCAGAAGCAAAGCAAGAUUCUGAGAGUAAAAUAUACGUCUACGGAGAAAGAGCUGACGAAACAAGGUCUGAUGGAAAUGAUAAAUUCGAAUUGUUAAAAACCGAAGGCCAACCAGGAUGGAUGGAGAAACUUUUGAAAAAGGUAUCAUUAUAUUACUUUUAUAUAUUGUAACCUGGGACUGGAAUCCCUAGUGGCGAAAGGGUGAGUAUCGGGACGAGCGGGAACUGGGUCAUAUUCUGUGCAGCAGGAAUUUCUGGGCUCCUGCCUAUAGUUGAUACCUUUUUUAAGGUAAUACUUCUUCUCUGUCAAGCCUCGACACCGUAAUUCUCAACAAACUACUGGCUUAACAAAUACGUAUAUAUAUAUAUUUUCAACUAGUUUUGAUGGUAUUAAUAAAAAAACUAAAAAUCGUCUUUGCAUGUUUUUUUUUUACCCAAUUUGUAACGGUAACAGGACUGAGUGGAGUCCAAUUCGGUCUGUAAUCAUACGAGUGAUUAACAAAAUCGGACGACCGUGUGGCGGGAGUCCGAUUUGUUUAAUCACGAGUAUGAUUACAGACCGAAUUGGACGACACGAAGGUCUGUUACCAAUAGGCCACCUGCACUAAGAGGUCACGUGACCAAUACUUCCUUUAAACAAUGAGUUGGAAUCUUGCUGAUGCCAAAAAUUGUUAGAGCACACAAAAAUUAUCUCACCCCCGAAAUUUGAGAGGAAACGCAUUUAAGGGAGAUAUUUUAUGGCACUUUGAUUUUUUAGCAAAGUAUUAUGAUUUGUAUUGGCCGCCAUGUUGGAGGGCAUGCUUUUGCCCUCCAACAUGGCGGCCAAAACUACUUCUUGCUUAUAUCUUAAUCAACGUUUCAUAGUUACGCUCAGAUGCGCUGCAUACGUUAUCACAUCAUCUUUUCAACAUUUUCCUUGAAGUUUAAGUGCAAAAUGUGUGUUCAGAGAGAGGUAAUUCAUAAUUUUAAAAGUCACAUUUUGGUCACGUGACCAUUUACGAACGGUUUGAAAAACCAAAUCACUAUUAUUAUUACUAAUCGUUUUUCGAAGGCAAAAUCAUAUACCUUUCAUUUUCAAAAAAAGAUGUCACAUGCCUCUUAGUGCAAAUGGCCUAUUAAUCUAACUUUAACAAAAUUUGUGAUAUAUAAGGCUCUUUUUAAAAUCAAAACACAAGAAAUUCCAAGAUUUUUUUUGUUAGCAAUGAAAAAGAAAAGCCAUUUCAGGGCGCGCGCGAUGGCGUGUACUUUCCAAUUGCUUAGACGUGACGCGUACUGUCCCAUUAAACUGUCCUAUUAAGGCUGAAAUCAGGGCAAUUGAUAACCAAUCAGAUUUGAGAAUUUUAUUAUAGUUAUGAUUAGGCAUUUUAAGGCUACAUUUGUUUGUUUUAGGACCAAACUUGUGUUUUCAGAAAACAUCCUUAUGGUACUUGGCUUAAUUAAAAGAGAUGAUAAGUUGUCACUGACAAAUAUCAACCUCGUCCCCAGGGCUUUUCCCUUAAAAAAUGGAAAAGGGAAAAGCCCUGGGGACGAGGUUGUGACAAAUAAAAGAUAAAUCAGUUAAUUGAUGAUUUUUUCUUGGACAAAAUUUCCCAGUUCAAGUUAAGAAAAUUUAUCGUUUUUCCGCAAUCAUUUCAAUCAUAGAUUUCUGUCAAUUUGGAAAGCUGGUAGAAUUUUACAAGCAUUAAAAUAACAUUUUGCAUAUAUUAAAGAUUGAUGGUGAUGAUGAUUUUUUUCAGGCAAGGAAACAGAUAAAAAAAGAGCAAAAUGAUUUGGUUGAAGAAAACAACCCAAGAGGAAGCCUCAAGGACUCUCCAAUGGAUGACGCAAGUUCAGUGUCCAAUGUGUCACGCAGAUUAUUUACUUAUAGUUUUUUUAGAUUUUAUAAUUUCUUUCCUUGAAAAAGCAUUUAUUCAGCAUCUCAAUAACUUGCGUCUAUAAAUCUAGUGCAUUAAUCCUAUGAUGAUUGGGCAUUUUGAUCGUUUUUCUCAAGACAGUUUCUUAGUUUCACCUCCUAAUCGUCUGGUCCUCGACCAUCGAUAAAGCUGCCAGGGAUUAGCUAGGGAUUCCCUGCAGUAAUGGCUCACAGUUAGUAUAGGCAUGUCCCAAUUGCGCUGUGCACUUUUUCGGCACUUUUCCCAAUUUGGAGCACUAUUUUACAUUUCCAGCACUCUUGAGCACUUUCUUGACUUUAGAGCAGAAUUUGGCCAUUUUUUGGGGAACAUUUAAGUGACUUUUUUACAAUUUUGCACAUGUUUAACGUUUUUAGUAAGCCGAGUCAUUCUACUAUCUUUUGAAUAAUUUCACCUUGUCGCCUGUGUUGUCAUGAAAAUGAACAGUUAUCCUUUUAACUGUGGGAAUAGUCGAUUUUGAAAAAAAAAAACAUUGGUGUUUCACUUCUAGUUUGGUCACAAAAAAUCGAGGAUUAAAGCUUUGAUAAAACUACGAAUAUUUAUGAACAUCUGCUAGGAAAUAAUUGAAAACUAGGAGAAAGUUUCGAGCACUAUUUCGAAGGUAUUAUAAGGUAGCCUUUUUUUUAUAGUUUCUACUGCCAAGAUCCGAAAUUGUCAAAAGAAUGAGUGAAAUUUAUAUACGUUAUCGGUUAUUACAACUGCAAAUGCUUUAUUUGCUUUCGAUUUCAGAACCAGAUGAUCCAGUUUACAAAUUGCAAAAAGCAAUUAGUAACGUAAGAGGAGCUGAUGGCGCUUCGAAAGCUCUAACUGGGCUAAAGGAGCAGUGGAGCGGGAUCGCAUUUAGGGACAGAGCGGCUGUUUUGGCGACUCUACAAGUUGCAGCCUUAAACAUUGGAAGCUUUGCCAACGCUGCAGAUGAUCCUAUUGGUGCAAUACAGGGAGCAGCCAUUAUGGUUGGACAGUUUGGAGCACUUUUAGGUCCAGGAGGACAGGUCGCUGCCAUUGUUUUAAGCUUCGUUUCCGGGUUUCUUAGUCUUUUUGGAAAGGGAGGAAAAGAACAGAAAUCUAUCGGGCAAAUUGUGCGAGAGGAAAUAGAUGACGCUCUGGCUGAGUUUUCUGAGCAAACUCUCACUAACCAGGCAAGUGGCGUCGUUAGAGCAUUCACAGUUUCCAAGGUAUAUGUGGACAGCCUUGCUGAGUCAGGAAAGAGGCUAACCGUUGACCAAGCAAAUUCACUUGAGGUGAAUGUGCCGUUGUAUUAUGGCAUGCCCUUCAUGGGAACACUGGCAUCUGAGAUAGAUCGGCUUCUUAAGGCCAACGAGGUCGACGACGCCAAAAAGACAUUGAAAUACAUUGAGUUGUAUGUAAAGAUGGCAAUUUUAAAGGAUGUUAUUAUGCAGGAGGUGGCCACUUUGUUACCAGAGGAGCUUGAACCCAACCGACAAGCGCUGCUUACGUCUUUAGAAAGGCUGCGUCUUCUACACAGGGACCUUUUAAGAUUCCUUCGUGACGGUGGUGUUGGUGUUGUGGCCUUGAGUUACUUCGAUCCCGAUGUUUACCCAAUCACAGAUUCCUUUAUGACCUCCGUAUUGAAACUAACAGAUUACGAUCGCUCUUUGGCCGGUUCAAAAUGGUGUCUGACUCCACAUAUUCCCUGUCAAAAGCUUUUACCAAUAUCCAGUCACUCCUACGGUAUUGACGAAGACGAAGUAAGAUUGAAGAUGGAUCCUUACUACGUAUCUAGACCUUCAAGCAAAAGCAGCUGCAUCUGGAAACUUAUCCCACAUGGAAACAAUCUCUAUACUGUUGAGAUUGGAGAUGGUAAAUACCUGUCGUUAGACCCUGAAUCUAAGGGCAAAGUGGUAACGUCGGCCAAGGCGGAUCUUUGGGAAAUCGACGGUGUUCAUAAGAAAAGGUAUGAGUUUCUUCUUUGUUCUGUGCCAUAAACUUUACGUUACUUAAGUGUUUUCUUUGUCUUUCUGUAAGCUUACGGAAAGCCAAUUGCAAAUGAUAGUAAAAUUCCACUUCAAGUUAAGAAGUUAAGAGGAUGCGCGAUUCUAAAUAUUUAAUGCUCAAGCCUUUUCGAAAUAAUAUUCGUGAUAAUUAAUCAAUAAUCGACCAAGUUUGAUAAUAUUUCCCAUUUUAUGUUUCUGUUAGCCUGCAAUGAGGGGUUAGUUUUAGGGACGAGAGAAAUCUGUUUGAUCACGGUCUUGGACUGGCAAGAGAGAUCCUGACUCAAACUUACGACCUACAGCUGUAUAUCUUCCUGUGUUUUCAAUCGAGAUCUCAAAGAUACUCAUUGAGCGUGUUGUUCGACUCUUGAUCACAUGAUAGUACACUCCCUGUCCGUCUAGAAAAUAAGCCUCUUUCCUUACAACACUCUCAACUGGUUUUCGCGCUCCUCAUCAAACAACUUCUGUCUCACUCAUCAAAUUGCCUUCAGUUUCAUAACAUCGAUAGCAGACUUAAGAAAGGCUUUUAGACUCGUUAGACCACAAUGGUUUGUUUAUUAUGUCAGGAGCGUAGCGUCCAUGCGUGCACAUACGCCCGUGUGUACAGCUGACGGAAAUCUGUAAAAAAUCUAUUUUAUUAUUACCUGAAAGUAUUUUCAUUUAUCAUUAAAUCGGGAUGACUGAUAAAUUUUUGGCAUAAUAUUGGUGUCUUUGUGUUAGUAGUUCCUUUAUCCUUUUUAUUACAUGUAUACUGUUGAAUCCAAAAUUUAAAGAAUAGUCACGAUCGUAAUUUGCAGCUUGAGAGAGACUCUUUUAGUUCAUUUCUACGUGAUUGCAACGUUUGGUGAACGUUUGUUAGCACUUAUUUAAUUCAGUGAUUUUAAAACUCUGUCAGAUAUAAGAUCAUUCAAAAUCCAUAGAGAAAAUAUUACUAAUUUAAUAGUUAAGGGUGCAACUUGUAGCUCAACAUGGUCGUUGCUGAUGGAAAAAUUGUCAUUUCGAGUUAUAUUACGUACGCCUAGUUGUAGAUUUUCUACUUUGCUUGUGUAAAAAUGAUAUCACGUUUGCUUUGGUCUUGACUUGUUAAUGUUUUUAGCCAUUGCUGACAACAACAGAGUCGUAAACGUCAAAGCUAUGUAGCCAUCAGAGAGAUUUACGUUAUUCAUGAUCAUGAUCAUGAAAAGACAGUUCAAGCUGGAACCAUGUGAAAAGUUCUACGGCGUGCCCAUUAAGGGUGUAUGAUAAGUUAGUUACAAGUGUGAAAGGGCUAUUCCUUUCCUAAUACCUUAUAUAUGAUUGUUAAAACAUUCAAAUCCUCGAUUAUAUUUGUCCCUUACUGCAACAUUUCGAUUACUUGUUCAAAUUAGAAAUUAGAAAUUAGAAAUUGCAUCAUAAUACAAGUUUUUUCUUUAUAAAUUUAUCUUUUAACUAAUGCCAGAAUCCGUUAUAAAUGGGGGAGCGAGGACAAUGAGCGAUGGAGUGACAUGCAGCUAGAACCUGAAAUGGGAAAGAUUUCUACGUCACUGUUCACUUCUGUUGGAAAAGUGAUAUUUAGAUUGACAAGUACCGACGUCGGAUAUGUUUGGUCCAUUACAAAGGUAUGUCGCCUGAAGAAACUAACAUACACCUAUCAAUGUUAAUCUGAAGGGAGGAGGGGGGAUGCCGGGCCAGGCCCGGGUUGACAAGAAUAACGAGCUCGUUUAACUCAAUUUCGAACUAAAAUUUUAUUAUCUGGAAACGCCUUCUUUGGAUUAUUUCGUAUUCUAAGGGGCAAAAAUCACGGUAAGCAUUGACGCCAGCAGAGAUUUGACUGAGCUGAGUCUGCACUCAGUGAUACUGACUGGGGCCACUCGCGUUUUCUCUGGAGGAGAAUAAGCUAUUACAAGACUCGUGGACAUUAAGGCUUUACUAGGAUUUAACGUGCAUACGUACUUACGGGCUUUCACAGUUUCAGAAUAAAGCUGAUACAAUAUUAUAACCUUAAUUUUUCAAAUUGCUAAUGAUUCUGGAUAAUAGAGAGGUUAAUAUUCUACUCCUUUCACUUUUAGCAAGUCCUGGACGGUUAUGCCGGCUACAAAAAUGAAGAAAAUGAUGAAGCUAAAUGAAGAAACAACAGCAAACUGAUCAUCAAGGCGAAGAGAACAAUAAAGAUAAAAAGGAAAUAUUAUCCGCAUUAAUACUGGGACGUCAUUGUAGUCUGUAGUCUAUAGAGAAUAAAAGCACUGAAAAUUAUGCCUCCAUUAAAUUAUAGUUUCCGAAUUACGGAACGCAAGGGUAUCUCUUGUCCACUUCACCCCUCCAAGUUUUAACCCAUGGUUGCCCUUGAUCGUCCCUUGAAAAUCUUUGUGUUCGUGUUGUGUCUUUUGUGUUUGUCAUCGACUGUUUUUGCUUUUGGAGCAAUUUUGGAGCCCUUUAAGGUUUCCUACAUUUCGAUUUUAAUAAAGAAAUAAAAUAAAGGACGAGUGUAAGGCCGGUCUGAAUUUAGCCUCUCACUCUUCCAAGAGGCAGUAAACAGAGAACUCAAAAUCCUUGAAAAUGGCUCAAAAUACCACAUCAGAGGUAAAAGGACGACAAUUUACGGUAAAUAAGGCAACGCAACGGGUAUUUAGCAUUGAUCCAUACAUAUAGUUAACGACAUGCCGCUUGUGAUGGAGCAAAAGGUAAACUCAGUAGUAUGUUUACUAUGAAAUUACAAUACAGUCGGUUAGACAAUUAAACAGACUGUGUGGGCUCCCUAUGGCCAGUGCCACUGCGAACUGGCAAAAUUUUCGGAUUUCCUUCAGGUACCUACCUUUGACAUUUGAUAUAUUUUGAGGUCAAAUGCCCCAAGACCGUACAUUGUAGCUGUUUGCCUCAACCCCAAGAAUUCAAUCAAUAAUUUUACAUCAAUUCAUCUGAGUGUCUCUACAUCGUUGUUCAUCGGAAGACGUCCGUAACGCUCUAGCCUCACGCUGUAGAGUAGGCGUUUUUUAAUUGAAACUCAGAGGUACAGGUGGACUACUCCGAACUCUCUGGUAGUAUUAACCUCCAAGAUGGCAGGAUAACGUUCACAUGGCACCGGAAGUAAAAUUUGACAGGCGGGCACUUUGUUCACACGGAGCCGUUCAAUGUUUUCGUUCUGUUCAUACGGUACGGAAGAACAAGGCUUAAUUCAGUUACCUUGGGUUGAAAAUCCUUCAAUAACAAUGACCGAGACCAGGUUUUAUGAGCCCGCGAGACUAUAAGCACCCCAGCUAAACUCUUGUUUUCACUAAAACCGCUGGACACCAACCUGGUUGAGCUGGUUGAGGUCAUUGUUAUCUAACAGAUCUAAGGCCCGGUUCAGAACCAACUACAUUGAACCGAACUAAUACAUUGAAUUAAGUACAUGAAAAGUUCGGCGUCUGAAUCAAUUAGCAACGCCUGUUUCAAUGUGGAACGGCUGAGCCGUUCUUUCCGCCCAGCCAGGCCGGGAAUUUCGCCUUUGGAUCGACUUUGGAACGCCUUUGAUUCAGACGCCAAACUUUUCAUGUACCGAACAUAAUGCACAAAUUCUUAUAACGUAUUUUGUAAGCAGUUUGACCGAAAUGAGCAUAUUUAGUUCGGCUGGAAUUAAGAUCGACGUCUGAAUCAGUUCAGCCGGUCCAAAUAAUUUGGGUCGGCCUUAAUUCGAAUCAGGUCCGGCUCAUGAACUAAAGUUCGGCGUCUGAACCGAGCCUAAGGGUCUUCCCUGUGGGUCAGGGGUUUACCAUCUGACCAUGCGCAGAUUACUACUUAGAAAAUCCAAAAUGGUGUCUCCCGGCAUUAAACAAUUUGACGGUUAUAGUGUCCACACCUCUCCCCUCAAACUUUUCGACCCUACACGCUGACAAUUAAUUUUACCUGGAUGUUUUUAACAGAUAGCCGUCUAAAUUUUUGGGGAUCGAUAAUACUUAUUUCCCGUUUUUUGUUAUGCCUGUAUAGCACAACCCCAUAAGCAUUUCAUUAGUUUAUUAUUGACUUCUGCAAGCCAACCAAUAAUCAUUGGUCGUUGAUGUAUCCGUCCUCGAACAGUAUCUGGUUUAAACCCUGCUUAUUAGUUUAGAGUCCUUAAAUAUACAUAAGAAUAUUUGGCUGGUGACGUUACACCUUGUUUCACUUGCUUAUGUUAUUUAAUUUUCACACAAAUGUUGUCAAGACCUGCUUUCUUUUUGGUGGCGCGUCACUGAGGCGGAUCGAAAUCACUAGUUUUUCAAUUCUGGCCGACGCGACUGGUACACCUUAUUUCUGAAUAUCUGACAUUUUAAAUUACCUGCUUGCCGGUCACGGCGAUGCAGUUAGACUUGCCGAGGCUGAAGACCACAGGCCAGAUUUAAAAGGAGAUCGAUAAAGCUAAGGUACUUAAUGUUUUUCAUUUCUCUUUUUAUUUACUUUUUUUAUCUACGAUUUUACAUUUAACAUAAACAAGCUUGAGUACCGGUCUUAAAAACAUUUUCAUACAUUUUACAGUACAUGUACCUACUCGUAGAAAAAUUGGGCGCUUGGUCAAAAGUUAUUUUAUAGAGGCUUGUGGAACGGCACCGCGGUUUUAUUAACAUCCAAGCUCAUUUUCCUGUGUUACCUAAAUACUACUUUUUUAUGUUUAUUUUACAUUUUUGACGUUCAUCUAUCGCUUUAAAAGGAAAUAUUUCUCCACACUUCUUGCCCUUUUGUCUUUUUCUCUGGCUUACGGCAUCUCGAUCCUGACAUUUUUUUUUUUUGCAUUUUUUUCUCUUUCGGUUUUGCGAAUUUUAUUUGACUAGUGCUUAACAGAUAGUUCAACUGAAUAUUUUCCUGGGCAUUAUAAACGGCUCUGUUGCCGGUAAACUCGUUUCUUAUCCCUUUGAACAGCCGCCCUGCGUAGCGUGAAAGUUCAUAAAUUAAUUCAAAGUCAUUCAAGAACAUUGCCUCCUUGUUAAACAUAAUUUUUUGUGACAUUACUUUAUUACUUACAAACACAUUUGAUCAGUGACAAGCAUAAUAAUUUUCUGGGAAAAAAUCAGAAAUCACCCUGUACAUAUACGUAAUACUGAGAAUUAACACUUCUUCAUAAGGGUGGCUAUUACAACAGCUUUUCUGAGAAGUAAUUCUUUUCCAAAAAUUAUAAAAUAGAGCUUCUUCACUCUCGUGAUCAGCAGUUAUGCAAAUUUAUUGGAAGAAUAGAAAACAAUUUACAUAAGAAACAACCCCCACAUGAUUGGUAGGGAACACCAACAUUUCCACCGUUUUAUUGUUUUGUUCUCCAAUAUGGCGGAUAUGACGUCAUGUGAAAACUCUUUCUGGGGGAAAAAAAACAUGAAAAGGGGAGUGGGAUACAGGUCUCUCCCGACCAAUUCGGCAUAGAGCAAGAGCCUGCAUAGAGUCAAUAGUGGAGUCUUGUAAGUAAAAGUAACUUUCUAUUAACUUUUUUACCCGUUAUUUCAGUGACCUAAAAAUAAUGAAGACUGCGUUGGUUUUACUACCAUUCCUUUUGGCACCUAUCAUCGCUGUUCAAGGUAAACUUUUUUUUAACACGUCUCUAGCCUCUAAAAAUACUUGAACUGUUACCAGUGUCUUCAUGGCUUUCUUUUUCCUCUUCUUUUCUGCUAAUAAAUUAUAAUUUAUCGCCAGGAGAAAGCAAAAAAUCUGUUAAAAGUCCUGAAGUCAUAGAGAAAAAUAAAGAGCACGGCAAGAGUGUUAAGAAGGUAGUUAUGUUCAGUUGUUAACUUUGGGGCGAUAUAUAAUUUCAAUAUCAUAUUUGUAAUUUUAAAACCUAAAAGCAAAAUCAUUAUUAUACGUGUGGAUAUUCUGCUAAUCCUAAAGCACAUCUGAGCGAAAUCGUUGGCAUACUGUCAGAGAAUCCUAUGCUUUCCGCCACAUUGGAUAACGUCACUGGCCAAGCGGGGCAGUUGCAGAAAGAAACUUAUUAUAAAUGAUAACUCUUCAUAGGAAAAACCUGCUAAAAAGACAAAAGCACAGCAAGAUCCUGAGAGUGAAAUCAACGUUUACGAAGAAGGAGCCAACGAAACUAGGCCUGGUGGAAAAGAUAAAUUCGAAUUGUUAAAAACCGAAGGCCAACCAGGCUGGAUGGAGAAACUUUUGAAAAAGGUACCAUUAUAUUAAUUUUAUGAAAAGUUGAAUCUCUACUCUGUAAACUGGAACUUGGAAAAGCGUGGAAAAGAGCGAGUAAACAGCGAAGGACCAGCCGGAACUGGAACACAUCCUGUUAAGUGAUUUCUUAAAUAAUUAUCUGCGAAGCCUCGACACCGUGAACCUUAACAUUCUGGCCUUAAAAAAUAAUAAGUAACUCAUUUUUUUUUUCAAAUGGUUCUGAGGGUACAAAAAGAGGACAAAUUGUAAAGUGAGAAAUAUGACACAAUAAGUUUUGAUUUUUUUUUUCGUGGACAAAAUUUCCCAGUAUACGUUCGUCUAUUAGGCCUGUUUCAAACGUCGUGCUACUGCCGUGCUAAGCUGGCUCGACUGUAGCUCGACUGCAGCACGACACUAACACGACUUGGUUUCAGACGUCGAAUUUAAUUCGGUCGAAUAGAACGGCUGUUGCCGAAACCAAAAUACAAAAAUAAAGAAACGAUUUUAAAUAGUAAACUUUUAAAUGUAUUCUAAUGCAUCCAUAAUUUAUGAAUUGUGUUCGGCAUGGCAGUAGUGCGACGUUUGAAACCAAGUCCGACUACUGCCGUGUAGUACCGCAAAGCUUGCCUCGCUACACGGCAGUAGCACGAAUUGGUUUCAAACGUCGCGCUACUGCUGUGCUUAAGUCGAAUUUAAUUCGAUGAAUUUAGUUAGGCACGGCAGUAGCACGACGAGUUUGAAACGGGCCUUAUUAUUUUUCUUUUUUUGGUCAAUAGAGCUGGAUCUAAACAUUUACAAGCAUUUUGCACAUAUUACAACAUAAAUUUCUAGAUUAUCAUCAACAUUAAUUUUGAUAAUGAUGAUUUUUUUUUUCAGGCAAGUAAGGAGAUAAAAGAAAAGGAAAAUGAUAUGGUUGGAGAAAAAAGCACAACAGAAAGUCUCAGUGGAGAGUCCCAUUUGGAUGGUGCAAGUACAGUGCCUAAUUUGUCAUACAGAUCAUUUACAGUUGUCAUGUUCUUUUAGAAGAUUUUAUAACUCCCGUUUGUAAAAGAGGGAAAAUGUAUUGUCGUUAUUGUAUACGUAGUACGUACUAUUUCAUGAACUGGCGUCUUUUUAAUCUAGUACAUUUUAUUAAUCCUCUAAUUGAGCUCGUUGAUCGUUUGUGUCACGAUUGAGAGUCAUUUAAUAGUUAUUGAGGAACCGAUGUGACCUCCACGAGUUUAUCCAACGGAUAUAUAAGCUUCUAUUCAAAUUUCACUACCCAAUGGGUAGAAAUGUAUCUGGUGGAUAGCGUUAUCCAGCUUUCAAACAACUAGGGACUGGAAGUUUCGACUUCUUAACUGAGGCCAAGAUCGAGAGAAUGAGGGGUCUGCCGUGGCGGAGUUGCUGCGCGGGACUAUCUAUACCUGAGUAGUACUAACCGUGUGGGUUGUUUUCGAAUCUCACUCGUGGUCGGUAAUUACUGAUUUUGAUUUUAUAAUAGCCCACGUUCAAUAUAUUACAACUCUAGCAUGACGCCGAGGCUUUAGGGUCAAAAUUGCAAAGUUUUCACGACCCCAUUGACCUGGCUCUGAAGAGACUUGAGUACAAAGAAAACCAAACCAAAUGCAGAAAGCCUUGCAAUCAUGUUAGAAUUUUAAUACAUCAAACGUGGGCUAUUAGGGCUCACAGUGUGGCUAACUUACAUAUUUGACUGCCUGUCAUGAAGCUUCCUCACUCCACACAAAGGAAGAAAGUUAGCAAAACACGGUUGAAAAAUACGUACAUGCAAGCUGCGAAACACGAUCGACACCUUUGGGCACCAUGAAAACAAUACAAGUUCCUUAAAUAUAAUAAGCACAUACUCAACAAUGAUCAUGAACUUGAAAUUGUCAAUUCUGACAAUGAGGAAACUGUAUAUACGUUAUCUAAUCUUCAGUGCAACUGCUCUCUCUGUUUUCCAUUUCACAGAGCCCGAUGACCCAAUUUACAAAUUGCAAAAAGCAAUUGGAAACGUGAGAGGAUCAGAUGGAGCUUCGCAAGCUCUAACUGGGCUAAAGGAGCAGUGGAACAAGAUCCCAUUUAGGGAUAGACUAGCCGUAACUAUGACUCUACAAGUCGCAAGCAGACAAAUUGGAAACUUUGCCAACGCGGGAGAUGAUCCCAUUGGUGCAAUACAAGGAGCAGCAAUUAUGGUUGGACAGUUUGGAGCACUUUUAGGUCCAGGCGGACAAGCUGCUGCCAUAGCCUUGAGCUUCGUUUCCGGGUUUCUUAGUCUUUUUGGAAAGGGAGGAAAAGAACAGAAAUCUAUUGGGCAAAUUGUACGAGACGAGAUAGAUGAAGCAUUAGCUGCGUUUUCUGAGCAAACUCUCACUAACCAGGCGAGUGGCGUCGUUAGAGCGUUCACUGUUUCCAAGGCAUAUGCUGAUAGCCUUGCUGGUUCAGGCAAGAAGCUUACUGUUAACCAAGCAAAAUCAUUACAGGUGAAUGUGCCACUGUUUCAUGGCAUGCCAUUCAUGGGAACGUUGGCAUCUGAAAUAGAACGACUUCUUAACGCCAACGAGGUGGACGACGCCAAAAAGACAUUGAAAUACAUUGAGUUGUAUGUAAAGAUGGCAGUUUUAAAGGAUAUGAUUAUGCAGGAGGUGGCCUCUUUGUUACCAGAGGAGCUUGAACCCAACCGACAAGCGCUGCUUAAGUCUCAAGAAAGACUACGCCUUCAGCAUAGGGAGCUCAUAAGAUUCCUUCGUGAUGGUGUUGUCGGUAUGGCGGCUUUGGGUUACUUCGAUCCCGAUGUUUACCCAAUCACAGAUUCCUAUUUGACCUCCGUAUUGAAAUUACCAGAUUACGAUCGCUCUUUGGCCGGUUCAAAAUGGUGUCUGACUCCACACAUUCCCUGUCAAAAGCUUUUACCAAUAUCCCGUCAUUCCUAUGGUGUUGACGAAGACGAAGUAAGAUUGAAGAUGGAUCCUUACUACGUAUCUAGACCUUCAAGCAAAAGCAGCUGCAUCUGGAAACUUAUCCCUCAUGGAAACAAUCUCUAUACUGUUGAGAUUGGAGAUGGUAAAUACCUGUCGUUGGACCCUAAAUCUGAGGGCAAAGUGGUAACGACGGCCAAGGCGGAUCUUUGGGAGAUCGACGGUGCUCAUAAAAAGAGGUAUGAGUUUCUUAUUUUUUCCUAUGUCAUAAUCUUUGCGUUUUUUUCAAAACACUGAAUGAAUGUAUUAAGUCAACUAAUUCAAGUUAAAUCUAAAAUAUGUGAUGGUAUUGGGGUGGUGGUGGAGGGAAAACAAUAGAAAUGUGAUGGUGAUGGUGGUAGAGCAAAAAAAAGGAGGAAUGUAGAAGAAAAAAAGGAGGUGGAAAAGUGAAAAAAUGUUUUUGGUGAAAGAUUUGCGGGCCAAGAAUCAGUGAGCCUGAAUUGGAAAUGAAAGCGGCAGGGGAAAAAAACCUGCACAUAUCCAAUGCACCUAUUAAUGUAAAGCCGGCAAGGGGGUGGGGGGGAGGUAGGGCAUGGGGUAGGGAUUUGACAUUUUCCAAAAGUUUGCAGUCAAAUUCCCCGCCCACGGGCAAAUCAUUCCAGUGAAAUGGAACCAAAUUUCUUCACCCCGGGCUGCACAUUACACUGCCAAAUAUCCCGAGGCUGGAUCCAAGAAAGGCACAAUAUAAAUAUCUCCAAAUAAAAAUCUGAAAUCUUUAUUUAUAUUACGUUGCUGCAUCACCAAGGUCACACGCAAGGGAAGGGAAUUAAGGGAAGGGAAACAUUUGGGGAAACAUAUGUUCGGUCUCAGUCUUUUUCGUCCGAGUUGGCAGUCAAAUCCAGUAAAAAAUAUCUCAACGUCGGGCGAAGAAAGAAUCGAAUAUACCGCCUCCCUGGGAGAACAAGGUCAGUAAAAUGCCCUAUCCCAGGGCCAACAAAGGCAAUCAAAUCCCCACCCCAUGCCCUGCCUCCCCACCUCCCGCCGGCAUAACAUUGAUAGGUGCAUUACGUUACGACUCAGAGAUUUUUUUUCACAGGCGAGUUAGUGCUUUUCCUUCCACAAAUAAGUCAUACUCUUACUUCUGAUUUUGGCAAGCCUAGGCAAAGCUUUAAUUUUUUUGUUGUUGUAAGGUUUUCACGUGAAAGUAUUGUAAUGAAAAGAAAUUACUAACACGUGACCUUAUCGUAAUGAGAAUCCUCCAUAUUUAACGUUGCAACUUUAGGAAAUCCCAAUCACCCAUUGACUAUUUUCGAAUUCCCCAUAAUACACUGUGUUUGCCCCCCAAAUUUUGCAUAACUUAUUGUCUUAAAAUGCUCUUGGGAAAAUGCAAUACUCCCAGGAGCAUUUAGAAACAAUGGUUAUAUCGGGUAGACUUAGUUAUAGCGUUUGCCACAGACGUUUCCUCUUCUUGUGAUGAAAUGUCACUUUAAUAUUGUUAGGAAUCUCAAGUUUUCUCUGUUGAUGGAAAAUAGUAGUUUCGAGUUGUACUAGUUUAUAGAAUUCUACUUGAGUAAAUAUAACAGACUGAUAUCACGUUUGCUUUGGUCGCGUGUAGCAAUUGCUCACAACAAUUGGAGCGUAAGCAUCAGAGGGUGCACGUGUUGUAGCCAGCGUUCAGAAUGGUUUAAGUUAUCAUAAGAAGAAAAUUCAAGCUGAAGCCACCUGAAACUAGCUAGAAUACGAUCUAAAGCAUUGUCAUCAAGGAUGCAUCGGAUAAGUUAAUAUUAUAUUUACAUGUAGAUAAAAGGGCUGCGGAGAGAGCAUAGAGAGCAUUCAUUUUUCUAACAUCUACCUUUGUUGAGACCUUCAAAUCCUCGAUUAUAUUUGUCUCUUACUUUAACAUUUUGAUUGCUUUCACAAAUUAGAAAUUGCAUCAUAUCACAAUCUCGGUGGAAAUUUUUUCUUUAGAAAUAUAUCUUUUACAAAACAGAAUCCGUUAUAAAUGGGGGAGCGAGGAGAAUGAGAAGUGGACCAACAUGCAGCUAGAACCUGAAAUGGGAAAGAUUUCUACGUCACUGUUCACUUCUGUCGGAAAAGUGAUAUUUAGAUUGACAAGUACCGACGUUGGAUAUGUUUGGUCUAUUACAAAGGUAUGUCGUCUAAAGAAACUAAGAAGGAAACGAUCUAACGACCGUCGAAAGGCCUAUUUUUUUAUUCUAGCGAGUUUUUUGGAAAGUAAGUUGGUUCAGCGGCUUCAUUCAAGCUUAAUGUCUAUUGCUUGAUCUGUGUCUCAGGUGAUCGCGAAAUUAAAAGGCUGGCAAUUUCUCAAUUGUUUACCAACAACGAAAAAAUCUCCCCCAGUGUUGUAAUAGGGUUCAUAAACUUUAUACCACUUGUGUUUCCAUAAAAACAUAAAAAAAAUAAAAAAUCAAAUUAAAGAUUGGGAAGCAUAAGACGUAAUUAAAAACUGACAAGUAUCAUUUCAAGUGUGUCGAUAGUUGGCGUGUCACAGGCUUUUCGUGAGAGCUGGCUAUAAUAACUUCCAAUUUGCCAAACUGCCAGUGAAUCUGGAUGAGGGAAAGGUUGCUAAUUUACUAUUUAUACUUGUAGGGAGUCAUGAACGGUUAUGCCGGCUACAAAAAUGAAGAAAAUGAAGAGGACAUGGAAGUUGAAUAA